GUGAGCCCUUGCAAACCGGAAGCCAAAUAAUGAGGGCACGGUGAGGUUGGAAGUGUGCAAAGAGGUACCCCGACGAACUCAUCGAGCACACCGAGGUGAGUGCAACAUCAGCGUGGUCCUGUCCGCCUGUGUGUGACAAGCCAGAGACGGCCAUGUCUUCAGCGGUGGACCUCAAGACCAAGGAGGAGAAGGAUGCAGAGCUUGACAAAAGAAUUGAAGCCCUGAGGAAAAAGAACGAAGCUCUGGUCAAGCGCUAUCAGGAAAUAGAAGAGGACAAGAAGAAGGCAGAGCAGGAGGGCAUCGCUGUGACCACGCCCCGCAAGCCCCGUCCCCACGAGCCAGAGUUGGACCGAAGGAAGACCGAGAAAGAAAACUUCACGCUCGCAGUCGACCCCUCCAGGUCGUCAUCAGGGGAUGCCAGAGUUGUGGACGAAUGGAAGCCUCCUACGCCCCGCGGUCGGAAAGCGUCCGAGGAGAACGACGGCCACAGCCCCCCCAGGAGGACAGGCUCGGGCCGAGUGGGGUGGGGAGGAGGACCCAGAGGGGGAGGCGGCGGCGGUCGCCCGGAGAGGAGAGAACGGGAACCCCGCACCCCCAGAGGGGGAGAGCCAGCUGAAACAGGAGGACAGGGGCGACGUGGAGGAAGGAGAGGGAGAGGAGCAGCAGGAGGAGGAGGAGGAGACGCAGGAGGGACACCAGGGGGCGUGGACAGGAAGUCCAAGGAAUGGGAGGAGAAGAGGCGACAGAACAUCGAGAAGAUGAAUGAAGAAAUGGAGAGAAUAGCAGAGUAUGAGAGAGGACAACGGCAGGAUGGAGACAAGCCCAUCCGUAACUUCCUGGACGACCCACGGCGUUCCGGCCCGGCUCCAGACACAGACCGCAAAGAGGGCAGCAGAAGACACAUUCGAAAUUGGGGCGGGCUAGACUUUGACAACGUGAAGACCGGGGCUGACCUGGAGAAAGAAUGGACUAGUCGGCGCCCCGGCCCGAGAGGCUCCAUGGACAUGACCAUGUCUAUGACGGGCCGCGAGCGGGCCGAGUACCUGCGCUGGAAGAAGGAGCGAGAGCAGAUUGACGAGGAGCGACUAGCACGUCAUCGCAACGCCACCGGCCAGUGGAGACGAGAAUGGGACGCGCAGAAGACUGAGAACAUGUUCAAGGAGGACGCACAAGUGGCGGCAGAGGGCGUCACGGCAGAGCAGGGCGGCAGGAGGGCCCGGGGGCGUAACUUUCGCGGCGAGCCUCGGGGCAGAGCCUCAGAUGACGGCAAGAGACCCCCUAAAACGCCCACAUUUGGCGACUUCCUAUCCCAGGGCAGGCCGCAGGGAUCCCGAGGAGACCGGAGCCGAGGAAAAGGACGAGGACAGAGGCCCAGCUAUAGCAUGCAUGAUAACCGCUGGGAAGGAGAAAAAGAAGACGAGGAGACGGAAAAGAAAGACAAGCCAAAGCGAGAGAAGAACCAGAAGGAGAAAGACAAGUCCAAACCUCCCCCAGAAGAGAAGGCAGUCGAGGCCGGAGAUGAGGAGGACGAGGACCAGUGGGAAGACGCCAGUGAUGGAGAGCAGGAAGGGUCAGACGGAGAAAUUGAUUCCAGGGGCGAUGAGAAGAAAGACGCCGGCAAAGACGACUCCCCCACCACACCUUCACCUUGCUCCAGACCGACGGCGGCGGCGGCCGGAAGCCCCAAAGAGCAGCGGACCCCCCGGCCCAAGGUCCACAUACCGUCCCCCUCAGCGGCCUCGCAGGGCCCAUCGGAAGCGGGGAAGCCUGUUAGCCCCUUCUCCCCGCUGGAUGGCCACCAGCCUGUGUCGGACUGGGGUGAGGAGAUGGAGAUGCUGUCGCCGCGGAGCAGCAUGGGGGGAGAGAGCCCCCUGAAACCCCCCAGUGCUGAGAGCAGCCCUGCACCAAAGGAGCAGAUGGAGGACACCACCCCCAUUGUGGAGAACACAGCUGCUCAAGCCACUCCGGAAAAGACCGAACUCCAACAAGCUGUCACAGCCUCAGAACCAGAGUCCACUCCUGCAGACCCCUUGGAAACGCCGCCAUCAUUGCCUGAGCUCACUCCAUCAGAGGUGUCUGACCCCGCCCGCCUGGAGGUUAGUGAAGACAGUCAGGGAACGGCUGCCACCCAUUCGCAAGACAAAGCUGACAGUCCUCCACCUGCCGUCCUGGUGAACGAGCCCACUGCCGCUGAAGCAGGAAGAGAUGACAACAAUGACACAAAUGGCGAUCGCAUCACCGACGCCACCACCACGUCAGAGAUUUCCUCCGAACAGCCAACUUCAGGCUGAAGCUGCCGCCGCUGCCACUCAGUCGCUUGCUCCUGAAGACGAUGACAUCGCUGGAGUGAUGUCUCACUCACACACACACACACAAACAAAAAAAAAAAGAC